UAGGUGGCCAUGUGUUGGCAACAUUUUAUUUAUUCCGCUAAACGCAAACAUCAAGUGCCGAGUUGAAUAUUGACCGAACUUUCUGUUUUUUAUACUAAUAUACGCAAUGGCUGCUGCAGCUGCUGCAAGGAUUGUCGAGGUACGUGAAACAACCAGAGUUGAGCGUAUUGGAGCACAUUCCCACAUCAGAGGCCUAGGACUUAAUGAUAGCUUAGAAGCUAGACAUGUAUCACAAGGUAUGGUGGGGCAGCUUGCUGCCCGAAGAGCUGCUGGUAUUGUGUUGCAAAUGAUUAAGGAUGGCAGAAUUGCUGGCAGAGCUGUUUUGUUAGCUGGUCAACCAGGGACUGGAAAAACUGCAAUAGCCACUGCUCUAGCAGCUGCUCUAGGUCAAGAUACACCUUUUACUAGCAUGGCUGGAUCUGAAAUAUACUCAUUAGAGAUGAGCAAAACUGAAGCUAUUACUCAAGCUAUCAGAAAAAGCAUUGGUGUUAGAAUAAAAGAAGAGAGUGAAAUCAUUGAAGGAGAAGUAGUAGAAGUGCAAAUAGAAAAACCUGCAUCAGGUGUUGGCACUAAAGUAGGAAAGUUGAUCUUGAAAACAACUGAUAUGGAGACAGUAUAUGAUCUAGGUGGUAAAAUGAUUGACAGUAUUCUGAAGGAAAAAGUUCAGUCUGGGGAUGUCAUCACCAUUGAUAAGGCCACAGGGAAAAUUACAAGAUUAGGAAGAUCUUUUGCCAGAGCAAGGGACUAUGAUGCUACAGGCCAGCAGACCAGAUUUGUUCAGUGCCCUGAAGGGGAACUGCAAAAACGAAAAGAAGUUGUUCAUACAGUGACACUACAUGAAAUUGAUGUUAUCAACAGCAGAACUCAUGGAUUCUUAGCACUGUUUUCAGCCUACUUGAUAUCUUUUUUAGGUGAUACUGGUGAAAUAAAACCUGAAGUACGCGAACAAAUUAACGGAAAAGUUGCAGAAUGGAGGGAAGAAGGAAAAGCUGAAAUCAUUCCUGGUGUUCUUUUUAUUGAUGAGGUCCACAUGCUAGAUAUUGAGUGCUUCUCCUUUUUGAACCGAGCUUUAGAAAAUGAAAUGUCUCCCAUUGUAAUAAUGGCCACAAACAGAGGUGUAACCAAGAUUAGAGGAACCAAUUACAAGUCACCACAUGGUAUUCCAUUGGAUCUCUUAGAUAGAACUAUCAUUGUCCCUACACAACCAUAUGAUGAAAAGGAACUUAGAGAAAUUUUGAGCUCAGAAGGCAGAAUCAUAGUGUAAAUGGAGACGAGAUGCUGAUAGAUUACAGCCAACUGUGACUGCCAAAAGAUCAUCUUAAAGCCACGAGAGCAUUUCAAUAAUGUUUUGAACAUUCGGUGUGAAGAAGAGGACUGCCAAAUGUCCGACAACGCCCUGACGGUACUGACGCGUAUAUGCAAAGAGACUUCGUUAAGGUAUGGAAUGCAGCUUAUCAUGACCUCCAGUCUGAUUUCAAGGAAACGGAAGGCUCUUGAAGUUGAUGUGGAGGAUAUCAAGAGGGCGUAUCAGUUGUUCUUUGACGAGGGUAGGUCGGUCCAGUUUCUCAGAGAGUACCAGCAGGAGUUCAUGUUCAAUGAAGUGGAUGACAGAGGUGAUAUGGACAUUGAAACCAACUAGGACAUUGUGUAUUCCUUUAAUUUAAAUAUACUGAUUUUGUAACUUUCUUAAUGUCAUUGUGUCUGUGAAUGGCGUAUUAUUUUUCCUCUGUUUUUUUUUAAUUUGAAAAGGUAAAUAAAGACCAUGUGUUUUUCAUAUUCAUUUAUUAAA